CAGAAAUGAGUAGUUUAAAGCUUACUGUUAUCAAUGGUGAGGUAAAUUGAAAAAUAAAUCCUGAAGUCCAAAAAUUUGUUUAUUAAUAACUGAAACGAUCUAGUUUACUAACUAGAGAAAGUAUGGAGAUGAAUCAUUUAAAUGAAAAAAUGUUAAAGCCUUUUGGUGAUAUGCUACGAUGUCGUAUAUGCUCUGGAUUUUUUAACUAUUGUGUUAUGACUGCUUGUAGUCACAAUUUUUGCUCUGCUUGUUUAAAGAAUCAAAUGGAAACUGAAUCUGACUGUUGUAUAUGUUAUGAAGAGAUUCGAGAAAGUGAAUUAAGAAGCAAUAGGUCAAUGGAUAAAAUAGUCAGAAUUUAUAAGAAGCUCAUGAAAACCAAAGCUGUUGAUUCUUCAGAGUCUAAUCUUCAACGACCAAAUAGCUCCCAAAGAAACUCUCAUAUCUUUAGUUCUUCUGUAACGCAUGCUGUUUCCCAAACUCAAAACUGUCUACCAGUACAGAUCACAUCUACGAGAAGUAUUCCAAUGCAAGUUUCAUCCCCCAUUCGCAAUCAGUCACAAUCCCCAACCUCAUUCAGAAUCUCAUCAUCAGGAAGCGUUCCAGUGCAGAUUACAUCCCCCAUGCACAAUGUCCAAUCACCUUCCUCAGCCUCUUUCACAAGAACGGACCCAGUUCAGAGUAUUUCCUCCAUUCAGAAUCUCCAGUCAGGAGUGCCAUAUCCAGUUGUGUUACUUCAACGAAUCCAAUCAGCUGCUCUACCAAAAGCUAACACAACUAAAGAGAGUCAAAUGUUUGAUGAUUUUGAGGAGCUUGAAAAUUGCAGCUUUACUGAUGACUCAAAUGAUUCUGAGAAUUGAUUUUAUAGAACUGUUAUUUUUAGUUUUCAAUUGAGUACAAAAAAUAUGACCAUUGCAAUGUAUUUUUAUUGUUAUUUUAUUUUACUAGAAAUUGAAUUAUGG